UCAAUUUUUCCCUUCUCUUUCUUUUCCCAAGCUGGUCUUCUUUCCUUCUCUUCAUUUUUUAGUUAUCCACUCUUAUUGCUGUAUAUCUCCACUCACGAUUCACAAUGUGGUCGCGACCUUCGUCUGUUCGUUCGGCUUCGGUCCACUCGCUCUCACAUUCCGUUUCUUCUCUUCAUAGUUACGAUUCUGAGCGCAGUAGCGAUUCAGAUGCCUUUAAUGAGUUUAAUGAUCGGACCAGCCGUCAACUAUGGCAUCCGCAGGACGGAUUGCCCAGGAAGCCCCAACAAGAAUCGCCGAAACUCGCCGAGAUAUACCCUCGACCCUUGAUCACCAUGGCUCGUCUGAACCAGGAAGAUGAUCAUAGUCCACCUGAAAGCGAGACGCACUCUCAGGCCACGACACUUGAUGUGGAAGAGGACUAUGAACAGCCGGAGAAGACGCCGACUUUGCUACCAGCAGCGAAAUAUGUCGAAAGUCAGAAUGAAUUUCAUCCAAAGACAGAAGAGGCGGAUCAAUAUGAAGUCUCAGAAUAUCAGGCAUCCGACACUCGUGUCCCUGGACCCCUUGAACAGCAACUAUCUGCCUUGAUGCGCAAGAUCAUAUUCAUGGAACGUGAAAACCCUACGAUUUCCGUUAGUCCAGAAGAGUAUCAGGCCAUGCAAGACAGGAUCAAGACACUGGAAGCUGAAAAAGCAGCGAUGGCUGCUCGAUACGAGGCACUUUUCGCUCUUCGAGAUGAAGAUGUGGCUAAUCUCAUCAAGGUCCGCGUUCUGUUGGCCGAAGAGCGAUGGGAACAUGCAAAUAUCAGAAAACUCCGUGAUGACGACCUUGGAAACGUCAUUUCUCUGCGCAACAGACUUGCCGAAGCCACGCGAAAGAUCGAGAGUCUUGAGAAGUCCGGCGGAAGGAUAACACCUUCCAGACGACCAAGAAGUAUCGUUUCUAUCGAGGGGAGGAGCACGAUUGCCAGAGAAAGCACGGAGCGGAGAAAUACUCUUGAACGAAGAGAUACCCUCGAGCCAAAGAAUACCACAGACUUGUUCCAGGCCGCAAGGACGGCGGCUCUGGAACAAAGAGCCCUCGAGCUGGAAAAGGCCAAUGAGGACUUACAACGUCAGAUGGCAGCUAUGAAGCUAGAGGGUGCAUCUCCAGAGCUGGGGCAGAGCUGGCAAGCCCGAGUGAGCGAUCUCGAGGCCCAGCUGAGACAAAAAGAGGAUGAAUUAUCUCGGAUACCCCAGAUACAGCAGCAGCCCUCAACCAGCACCGACCCUAUGACUUGGAAUAGAAUCGAAGGUAUGCUCGAUGAGAAUGCCAAGUAUCGGGAAAAGAUGGCGCAGAAAAUGCAGCAGCUCCGUUCUGAAAAGGAGAUUUUGCAAAGAGAACUUCAUCAAAAGGAAGACGAAAAUGCAGACUUGGAGGCGAAAGUGGAAAAACUUCAACGCUACACAAAUGCAGGGCUCUUGCAGAAAAUACUGAGGUAGUGGCUUUUCCUUUGUACUUUAUCUUAGAAUAUUGUCGAAGCAUUAUGCUAUUGAUCUGAUAUACAUACAUCUGUUGGCCGU